AUGGGCCAUAAAAAACAUUCAACUCGAAAAUCAAAGAAUGCAGCCAAUAAUAAUGGUAACAAUAGUAAGAUAUCUCCCCCUGAACCAAGUCUAGAAAUUGCAAAAUCAUCAAGUACAAAUAGUAAUAACAAUACAACAGAUCCAAAGAAACAAUCAUGUGAUGUCAAUCAAUAUUUGUAUAACUUCAUUAGUUCAGAUGAAUUUAACAGUUGUUAUCCAAUAAUUGCAUUCCAGUCGUCUGUGUUACUAACAUGUGUGGAAUUGCAGGAGAAGCAAACACCGGAAAAUGGUCAAAGUUUAAAGAUUCCUGUUCGUGAAUUAUUGAUUAAUGCAGAAAAGAGAAUAAAAGAUUGGGAAGAAAGAGCACGAAAUUCCCUAUGA